CCAACAUCUUUACUUAUGGCAAAGAUUCUCGCUUCCAGCUCCUUCCAGCGAAUCGAGCCCCUCCUGUCGACGAUCAACACGAUCAAAAUUUCUCCUUCUUAUAACUAUACCGCUUUUUCAACAGAAUGGAAAUUAGAUGAAAUUUUCGUCAAUAUUCAACAUCGAUCAUCGCAUCAUUUAUUAUUUAUCCAAAUUUUGAAUCUUAAACGAUGAAUUUUAAUAUUUUCAACCCUAUCUACGAUUCAUGGUAUAACUAUGUCGUGAAAUAGAUUUAAUUUUCAAUAGAAUUCGAAUCAAUUUCUCGAAAAAUCGUGAACUCGAUAACUUGAUAAAACUCAAAAUUUUAUCGUUACAUCACAUUGAAGAUACUAUUUGCUAUCGAAGUCGAUAUCGAGAUAUAUCGAAUGAUUUUUUUAAGGAACAUACGGUAUGGUGAGUAAUGAUCCAUAUGAUAAAAACGGCUAUGUUCCACCGAGGAAAGAAAAAUUAUAAAAAAGAAAAUCGAGAUAAAGUUGAGAGGGAUUUUUAAGCAUGAGACAGGAUGAAUAAAUACGAGAUGAUAGAAAUCGUAGGAGAAGGAAGUUAUGGCAUGGUGAUGAAAUGUAAGCAUCGCGAGACCGGGCAGUUUGUAGCCAUUAAAAGAUUUCUCGAAUCCGAGGAAUCCGAUUACGAAGUGCGAAAAAUGGCAUUUCGAGAAAUCCGAAUGUUGAAAAAAUUACGUCACGAUAAUCUGGUAAAUAUGAUCGAAGUGUUCCGUCGAAAGAAACGAUUUUAUCUCGUGUUCGAGUAUUUGGAUCAUACUUUGCUGAACGAAUUAGAAAAUGCCGAAGGAGGUCUAGGUUUGGAAAUGUCCAAGCGAUAUAUUUAUCAAGUCCUUCGUGGAUUGGACUUUUGUCACAAUAAUAACAUAAUGCAUCGUGAUAUCAAGCCAGAAAAUAUCCUCAUAUCUCCGAACGGAGUGGUGAAACUUUGCGAUUUUGGAUUUGCACGUUUCGUAAAUAGUCCAAACGAGUCUUGCACGGAUUACGUGGCGACAAGAUGGUAUCGUGCCCCGGAAUUGUUAGUCGGUGAUCCUCGAUACGGCAGACCGAUAGAUAUCUGGGCGGUAGGCUGUUUGUAUGCGGAAAUGGUGGUCGGGAAUCCUUUGUUCCCUGGUGAUAGCGACGUAGAUCAACUCUAUCGAAUAACAAAAAUACUUGGAGGACUGUGUAUGAAGCAUCAAACUUUAAUGGAUCGUAGCAGACCUGGCCAAAUAUUGCGGCAUGCGAGCGCGGACGAGCUCAUAGGGCCACCUCAGUCCGGUCUUUUCUCCAUUCGUAAAUUAUUCCCCAAAUGGGAUAUAAUCGCCAUCGACUUUUUGGCCCAAUGUCUUCGUAUGGAUCCCGACUUAAGGUCAAAAUCUUCCAUGCUCUUGGAACAUCCGUUUUUUAUACAAGAUCGAUUUGUCGAUAAAUUUCUUAUACUUUUGAGGAAGAGUAUCGAUAUAGAAUCUUCUAUGAAUCCUUUAUCCAGUAAAAUAUUGAGUGAAAAAGGGCCGAGUGUUACUACGAAUUUGUUGGAAUCGUCGAAAAGUGUUUGCCAACAUUUUCCCAGUUGGCAUAUGCAUACUAUUAUCGCGGAAGAUUUAAACGACAAAACGAAGUCUGAAACGACAAAUACGAUGGAAUUAUGCGAAACUUCAUCAUCGUCGCAUAACAAUCCCUCACGAAAAGUUUGUAAGAUGAAUAGCAUUUCUGUCAUACCAAAUACAACUUACAUUCGUAAAGGAAAACAGAAGGGAAUCGUUAUGUAUGAUUAUUAAAGGACUAUCACGUUAUAGCUUUUUUGAACAUUUUACGAUUGUCCGAGCAUAGAGGAUAAUAAAAGGAUAGAAGAGAAAAAAAUACGUAUUUAUUAAGGAAAAGCUUAUUAAUGAAAAGAUCUUAAAUAGAUACUUUAACUUUGUUUUCGUUUGAUAUUUGCGAACGAUUAAUAAUACGAAAAUUUGUAUUUUUUUCUUUAUCGAUGAAAAUGAUACAUCUAGUAUAUCAUAGUUGCUUCUCAAAUUCUGUAAUAAUACAUAUAUAUAUAUAUAUAUAAAUAUCGAUUUUUGAUUAUAUAUAUGUUUGCAAUUGAAAAGGAAAAAAAUAUACAUUUUUACGAUAAUAUAAAUACUUAUUAUAUGUUAUUAGAUUUAUCUUGUGUUUAAAAUAUCAUGAAAAAUUAAAAAAAAUCAUUGAUAUUUUAUUAAUAAGAAUUAUAAUAAUAAAUAUCGCAAGAUGUCCAUGUAAGUAGGAAAUUUUGUAUUGAAAUUGUAUUGGUAUAAGGUUGAAAGAAUCGAUAAUGUAAUUUGCAAUUACUGAUUAUAUUAUGUAUUUAUGCAUCUAUUUAAUGAAAUUUUUAGUUAUCUCAUGGAAAGUUUUCUCGUGAAAGUGAGAGAAAUGCUCUAUCGAUACCAUAUUUAUAAUAACAUUAUCAUAACAUUGUAAUCUCUUAUCGUCGAAUAAUUUGAAACAUUUUUAGUUUUGAAAAGUCGUUUCUAUAAAGAUACAUAUAGAAUUAUAAAUGGAUUUAUAUUUAUCAAUUAUAUAUUUAAUUAAGAUAGAUAUGCAUGUAUAUCUAGUGAAUAAUAUUUGUUCAGAAGAAGUUCAAAAUGUAAUAAAGAUACAGAGAAAGAGAAUUCGGGAAAAGAUUCCUUUUCCAAAGAACGAUUUUUCUUCAAUCAUAAGGAUAGAUUUCAUGAUUUCAAUUUUAUAUUCUGCUUAUUGAUUAUUAAUUGAAGAUAAUAGAAGCGAUUG